CCGUCCUUGUAUUCCUCUUAUUCCUUUUUUUCGAUACUUAUAUUUUUUUCACAGUACCAAAUGAGUGCAGUGUAUUAGAGCUACUUAUACACCCGGUCCAUAACGACAACCCAGCAAGCGAGUAUUUUGACGAGUAGACUCUUCCUCGGCGGGGUGUUGUCGAUUCCUCGCCGCUCUUCGUUCUUCAACGCAGCCUCAUUCGCAGCGUGGUAUGCGACGCUCCGCAGAAAAUAUCCUCUAUGGGGAUUUCUCGCAACAGGGCGGCGUCGUCGUCGUCGUCGGCUUCGCCAUGCGCUCAGCUUCGAUCGGCUUACCACGAUUGCUUCAAUAGGUGGUAUUCGGAGAAGUUCUCGAAAGGUCGGUGCGAGGAGGAUGAGUGCGUCGCAGAGUGGGACAAGUACAAAGCAUGCCUUGUUCAACACUUAGAAGACAAGCAUCUCAGGCAAAUAUUACUAGAGUCUGAAGCCUCACUGUAUUCCGUUAAAGCUGAUGCGGGCUCUUCCGGUGAUGCCAAUGUCACCUCACACUAAUUGCUGGUGCCAUAAGCAAGAGCCAUUGGUUUUGAAAUGAGCAAACGCAGAGGAGGAUGGCCCGAUCGAAAUAUUUGACGAAGUUGAAGGACCCAUUUUGAAUUGCUUCGAACGCUUUCGCCUCAGCAGAUCACACAGCAUUGAGGGUAGUCCUCAGUAACUUGUACAUAAGAAGGUAUGACAAUGUACGGAUUAAUUACGGGGUCGUUCGGAUCGUCUUCUUGUCGCCGUCUUUCGUGGGCUCGUUUUUCUUCUUGUCCUCCUCCUUGGCUCGCCCGACGUGGGAAAUCUCAGCGUGCCAUUACUUCCUCACCUUGUUAGCGACGCUCACUGGGUCGACGUCCCCGACAACGGUGAGCUUCUUCUCCUUCGUGUCCAUCUGUCCAUGGAGAUGGAAUCAAUCCCUGUUGAUGUCGUAGGCAAAGUGUAGAUCAGGUUUGUGUCUACAUGGGUUUAAUUGCUGAAGUUAUUAGGGUAAAAUGUACAGGUAGCCCCUGUAGUUUUGCCAUAUUGAGAUUUAACCCCUGAAAACUUCAGUUUUUCCAGCACAGAUUUUUUUUGCAUUUUGCAAUCAUAUCCUUGAUCCCAUAUUGCCUAACUUUCAUCUUGUGACAUCCCGGUCAGGUGAUGGGUAAUUACUUGUUUAAAAAAAUUUUGUUUUAAAAUUUUUAUUUUUUUGUCGUUAAACAAUUUGUUGCAAGCAAUCUAUUAUUUCUUCCUAUACUAUUUCC